AGCACGUACCGGGAGUGGGCGGAGCACGUACCGGAAAAGGGGCGUUAUGACCCCCUCCCACCCCCCUCCCCCCCGCACGCCGGCGCGGGGCAGACUGUGACCCCGGAACUCAUCACCUCCGUUUCCGGCGCCCUCCGCGCCCGUCCGUUUAAUGGACUCUCUAUAGAGAGGUGAACGCGAGGCCCUUUUCCCCCCUCGCGGGCAGAGUGAGCACGGAGCUGUUCCCCUGCCCCCGCGUCUACCCGAGGCCGCCGCCGUCAUUUCCCCCUGCCCUCCCCGGCUGCGAUGAGUUUACCGAAAGGACGCUCGCCCCCCGCCUCGCAGGUUCGCCCAGGACUCCCGCAACAGUCGCUGCCACGAGGACCCUCCCCGCAGACGAGAGACGACCGCAUUUACAGCACAUCUGUAGCACAGUACGCAGUUUCCAGGCAGCAGGGGCCACCUCAGGCCUCAUAUGGUGCAGCCCAUGAUAUGAGCAAGGCAGCCCAGCCCCUGGCCCCGACGCAGCAGCCCCCACACGCACCCUCACCCGGCCUGCAGCAGCACCCGUACACAGCCAGUCAAGCUGGCCCUCCGUCCUUAGUGUUCCAGGCUGCCCCGCCGACACAGCAGCCGCCCCCCAUGAAUACGCAGGCUCCCCAAACGCGGCAGCUCCCACAUGGUUCCCGUGCGCUGCACCACCAGGGAGGAUUCAGGCCAAUCCAGUUCAUGCAGCCGAGGCCCGUGAGCCAAAACAGCGGACCCCGCGUGGCCGGCAGCCAGCCCAACAUGCGCAGCAUGGCCCCGGCGCCCGCACCCGGCAUGUACCAGCCCGGCACGCAACAGGCUGCACCCACCAUGAUCAACCCGCUGUCGUACAGCAUGCAGUACUCGCAGGCCACCGGCACGGGGCCCCAGUACUACUUCACCACACAGAACCAGUUCCGCCCGCCGUACGUGAACCAGACGCCGCAGUACCCGGUGCAGCCGGCGGGCACUGCGUCAGCGCUCUUCUCCGGUCCGGGGCACGGCACGGAGUACCCGUACGGCAACACAUUCUACUCCGGAGCGGCCGCGCAGGCCGUGCCGCCCUAUAGUCUGCAGCAGCCGCCCUUUGUGCCCAUCUCCCACGCGCAGCAGCAACAGCAGCAGCAACAGCAGCAGCAACAGCAGCAGCAACAACAGCAGCAGCAAAAUGCCAUGGCAUCGCAGAUGAAGCGGGAGAGAAAGCAGAUUCGAAUCAGAGAUCCAACACAAGGGGGCAAAGAUAUAACAGAAGAAAUCAUGUCCGGGGGCGGAACCACGCGUAACUCUACCCCUCCGUCUCGGUCCAGCUCGACACCUACACCGCCACAGUUUGUUUACGCUCACCCCGCUCCUCACCUCUUUUACCUCAAGCCACAGCCCCUGCUGCUGGCGCCGCCGCAGAGCAACGGGGAGAGCACCCUGCCGCACCCCAUGGGGCCACCGGCCCGCCCAGAGGGAAAGCCGCGGUUGUCUGCGGCUGUGACAACGAUCAAACCCCCUCCUCCGGACCCGACUCCUCCGCCGGCUCCCACUGGCUCUGACCAACACGCACCCGAUGUCCAGCAAGACACCAAACCUCAGCAGCCUCAGCAGCCGCAGCCUCAGCAACUGCAGCCUCAGCAACCGCAGCAGCAGCAGCCGCAGCUGCAUCUGCAGCCGCAGCUGCAUCUGCAGCAGCAGCCGCCGCAGCAGCAGCCGCCGCAGCAGCAGCCACCGCAGCAACAGCAGCUGCAGCAACAGCAGCUGCAGCAACAGCAGCAGCAGCAACAGCAGCUGCAGCAGCAGCAGCAGCAACAGCAGCUGCAGCAGCAGCAGCUUCAACAGAUGCCGCAACAGCAGCCACCACAACAGCAGCCACCACAACAGCAGCCACCACAACAGCAGCUGCAGCAGCAACUUGCACUGCAACAGCAGCAACUGCAACAGCAGCAACUGCAACAGCAGCAACUGCAACAGCAGCAACUGCAACAGCAGCAACUGCAACAGCAGCAACUGCAACAGCAGCAGCAUCAGCAGCAGUUGCAACUGCAACAGCAGCAGUUGCAGAAUCCGCCGCCCGCACUGGUGACUGCUCAGCUAGAGGCUGUGGCGGUCACACCGGAGUCGGACCCAGAGCCGGAGGCCGAGCCAUCUCCGCCCCUGGAGCAGACGGCCAAUGGCACGGUGCCUCUUGUCCCCGCCGCCCACGUGGAAGUGGCGCCGCCCGUGCCCGCCACGUUGGCAGCGCCGCCCGCGCCCGCUGCAUUGGCGGUGGUGGCGGCAGUGGAGGUGGCAACGGUGGAGCCCACGGUCCCGGCCCUGCUGGCCGUGGAGGAAAUCGUGGUGGAGGUGCCGCCUCCGGCCUUCCAGGAGAAGGAGCCCGCGGCACCCCCCGCCCCCCCCGCUGUUGCGGCGCCCGUCGUCAUCGCCACCGCCCCCGAGUCGGCCGCGCCAGCCGUCGCCCCUGCCAUUACUGCUGCCCCCCUGAACGAGAAGGACACGGACAUCUCCGCGCCCACAGAGGUGGCGCCUGAAGCGAUAGACAAGCCUGCUGCUCAGGCAAAGGCCAUUGCGCAGGCACAACCGGUCGCACCCACGAAAGCCGCGGCUGUUGCUGCGCCGCAGCCACUGCCUGUAGAACAGCCUCAACCUGCCUCGCAGGCUCAACCGACGCCACUGGCCCAGCUUCCCGUCGCUGUUGCCGGCCCCGCUGUUAAGGCCGUUUCCCCAGCCACCGUUGCUGCCGCCCCCUCUCCCGCGGCGGCGGUUGUGGCGCCGCCCCCGCCCGAGGUUGUGGAGCAGGAGCAACAUCAGCAGCAGGAGCCGCAACAGCAGCCGCUGCCGCCGCCCGUGGUGGUCAUGGACUUGAAGAAGCCCGAGGUUCCGGCCCCCAAGGAGGCCACCGCUCCCACGGUGACCGAGGCAGCGGAGGUGGAGGCGCCUGUCGUGGAGCCGAAGGCUGCGGAGCCGAAGGCUGCGGAGCCGAAGGCUGCGGAGCCGAAGGCCCCCGAGCAGCCGGAGGUGGAGGAAGAGGAAGUGGAGGACAUCCCCACGGCGCAGCCGGCCUCCCCACCUGGUCCAGCGACAACUGCCACUGAUGGUAUCCAGGGUGUGGGCUCGGUCUUGGAGGCCGGUGCCCAGAAGAAGGUGAAGAAGGACUGGCACAAGAAGGAGCUGGACGGAGACCUCAUGAGCGCGUUCAAGGAGCCAACCGCCAAGGAGGAGCCACCAGUCGUGGAGGCGGCCGCUGUGCCCCCUAAGAAGGGCGCUGAGCCAGAGGCGACCUCAGCCGGCAAGCCGACACAGCCGCCCGCAGAGGAGAAGGACGAGACGUGGGAGGAGAAGGAGGAUAAGUCCGGCACUGGCUCCAACUCCAAGUAUCAGUACAAGAAUGAAGACUGGAAACCCCUUAACGAGGAAGACAAGAAGAGGUAUGACCGUGACUUCUUGCUGCAGUUCCAGUUCCGCCAGGCGAGCACAAAAAAGCCAGAGGGUCUCCCAGCCAUCAGCGAUGUUGUAUUAGACUCGAUGAACAAGGCACCCCCCCCACGCCUCGACCACGCGCGACUCAUUAAGGCGGGGCCGGACUUCACGCCCUCCUACGCCAACCUGGACCGCCAGCAGAUUAUGGGCGGCCAUGCCGGAGGUCCUGGGCCUGGCCCUGGACGCGGCCCCUGCCCCGACUUCCGUAUCCAGAGCAUGGGUGGAGGAGGAGGGGGGGGCGGUGGAGGGGGGGGCGGCGGCGGCGGUGGCGGCGGUGGCGGCGGUGGAGGCCCCCGGCGCUCGCAGACGCAGCAGCGCAAGGAGCCGCGCAAGAUCAUCACCAUCUCGUCCAUGUCGGACGACGUGAAGUUGAACCGCGCCGAACAUGCCUGGAAGCCCAUGCUGAAGCGCGAGCCGCCGCCGAGCGACCCGGAGGGUGGUCGUACGCAGGAUCUCUUCAAGAAGGUGCGCAGUAUCCUGAACAAGCUUACACCGCAGAUGUUCCAGGCGCUCAUGAAGCAGGUGACCGACCUCAAGAUCGACACGGAGGAGCGGCUCAAGGGCGUCAUCGACCUCGUGUUCGAGAAGGCCAUCGACGAGCCCAGCUUCUCCGUCGCCUACGCCAACAUGUGCCGCUGCUUGGCCAUGCUCAAGGUGCCGGUGGCUGAGAAGCCCGGCGUGUCGGUGAACUUCCGGAAAGUGCUGCUCAACCGCUGCCAGAAGGAGUUUGAGAAGGACAAGGAUGAUGACGAUAUUUUCGAGCGCAAGCAGAAGGAGAUGGAGGCAGCUGCCACGCCCGAGGAGCGGACGCGGCUGCACGACGAGCUGGAGGAUUCUCGCGACAAGGCGAGGCGACGCUCGCUGGGAAACAUCCGCUUCAUUGGCGAGCUCUUCAAGCUGAAGAUGCUGACGGAGCCGAUCAUGCACGACUGCCUCGUCAAGCUGCUCAAGACGCACGAGGAGGAGUCGCUCGAGUGCCUCUGCCGUCUGCUCACCACCAUCGGCAAGGACCUGGACUUCGAGAAGGCCAAGCCUCGCAUGGACCAGUACUUCCACCAAAUGGAGAAGAUUGUGAAGGAGAGGAAAACGUCGUCGCGCAUCCGCUUCAUGCUGCAGGACGUCAUCGACCUCAGGAGGAAUACCUGGGUGCCGAGGCGAGGAGACCUGGGACCCAAGACCAUCGAGCAGAUUCACCGCGAGGCUCAGAUCGAGGAGCAGCAGCAGCAGAUGAGGGUGCAGCAGCAGCUUAAGGGACAGAGCCAGCAGGUGGACAAGCGUGGGACCGGCCGAGGAGGCCCCAGCAUGCACACGGCACCGGCGGUGCGUGGGCCACCCCAGCCAGAUGAGGGCUGGAGCACAGUCCCAAUUAACAAGAGCUCCCGAGGUCUCGACCCCUCCAAGCUCAAGCUCUCGAAGCCGAUGUCGGAUGACAUUCAGCUGGGACCUGCCAACCGGCACUGGGGAAAGGGCAGCAGCGGCGGCAUUGGAUCCAAACCCAUUGAGACAGAGUUGGGCCAGAGCAGCGGCGGCGUGGGCACUGCCCCGAACCGCUACUCGGCUCUGCAGAACCAGAUGGCGCAACCUCCCUCGGAGAGCAGCGACAGCCGGAGACCAAUCAGCAGGGGCAGCACUGGUCGCGAACGCCCUGAGCGCGUCGAGCGCGGCAUGGAGAGGAGCGCGCGGCCGCCUGGUAUCACGAAGCGCAGCUUCAGCAAGGAGCAGCCGGACGAGCGGAGCCGCGAGCGCAACAGCGAGCGCGAGGGAGCGGCGAGAAGGGCGGGCGGCAGCGGCGGCGGCGCCGGGCAGCACGAGGAGCGGGCGCGGGAGCGUGACGACGAGCGCAAGCAGCAGCACAGGACGCCCAGCGCUGGCAAGGAGGAGGUGGCGACGCCUGCCGCGCCAACCAAGCCGGCCCUCAGCGAGGAGGAGGUGGAGAGGAAAGCCCAGGCCAUCAUUGACGAGUUCCUGCACAUUAACGACAUGAAGGAGGCGGUGCAGUGCGUGAUAGAGCUGCACUCUCCCACACUGCUCUACGUGUUCGUGCGGACGGGCAUGGAGUCGACGCUGGAGCGCAGCACCAUCACGCGCGAGCACAUGGGUCAGCUGGUGGCCCAGCUGGUGCUCAGGGGUGCCAUGACCAAGGCGCAGUACUUCAAGGGGCUGGUUGAGAUCCUGGAGUCAUCCGAGGACAUGGAGAUCGAUAUUCCUCACAUCUGGGUGUACCUGGGCGAGCUGAUCGUGCCCAUGGUAACGGAGGGGAGCAUCACCCUGGAGGAGCUCUGCUCGGAGGUGGUGAAGCCUCUGCGUCCUGUGGGCAAGGCCGACGUCCUCAUUGCCGACAUUCUGCUGCUGCUGUGCAAGCAAAUGAGCCACACCAAGGUGGGGGCGAUGUGGAGGCAAGCGGGGCUCAACUGGGCCUUGAUCCUGCCGGAGGGAGACAACGUGACCAGGUUCAUCACGGAGAAGAAGCUCGAGUUCACGCUGCCGGAGGCCAGCGCCGCCGUGGAGGUGCCCGUCAAGAGAGCGGCCAUGUCCAUGGAGGAGGUGGAAGAGCACCUGAACCGGCUGCUGCAGGAGAAGGUCGACAAUGAGAGGAUAUUCGACUGGAUCGAGGUUAACCUGGAGGAGAGCCAGACUAAAUCUUCGGCAUUUAUCAGGGCGCUCAUGACGUCCUUGUGCCAGUGUGCGAUCGAGGACCAUAGAGCCCAAGUCACCGAAACCCCGACCAUCACGAGCAGAACGCGGAUACUGAUCAAGUACCUGGAUGGAGUUGCCACGCGGGAGCUGGAAGCACUUUAUGCACUACAGGCUUUGGUUUUCAAGCUCGAUCACCCCCCAAAGGUCCUCCAGACACUGUUUGACAACCUCUAUGACGAGGACAUCAUCUCCGAGGACACUUUCUACCAGUGGGAGACGAGCAACGACCCAGCCGAGCAGCAGGGCAAGGGUGUCGCGCUCAAGUCGGUCACCUCCUUCUUCAAGUGGCUCCGCGAGGCGGACGAGGAGUCCGAGGACAACUGAGAGACAGACGACGGCGGAUAAAUCGUUAAAUAAAAAAAACUACGCAUCCUGCCCCAAGUUUUAUUUUUGGCUUUUUAUUUUCAUAUUUUGGGGUGUUUAUUCCUGUUGUGUUGCGGCACGCGCGCGCCCGCCCGCCCGCACCUCUCGGAUCCCGACCUGCGCUCUUCUUUGUCCAUCAGCCUCUGCCGCCCCCUUCUAAGUGGUCGACCGCCCCCCCCCCCCACUACCCCCCCGGGCCGCUUGGCGAUAAUGGCCGACACAAGCGAAACUGUCACUCACGAUACGUUUUGAGGAUUUUGCGAGGUACAGGUGGGGAGAGGGAGGCCCUCUCUCUAUCUCUCCUCAUCGCCAGGGCUGGAGUUUCCAAAUUACGAGUUUCCCCGAGUUGUUUAAAACAUUUCCUGACUUCAUUUCCACUUUUUUUGUUCUGAUUUUUGUUUUUGGGUUUUUUCCUUUGUUAAUUUCAGCCGAACAGAUAUAAAAUGGUCGCGGAGGAGUCGUUAACUAAUGAUUAGCGCGCAAUGAGAUCAGUAUUUAUGUAGUUCCAACGGCCAGGCGAGCGGCUGCUGCAACUGCCGCCGCACCAUCCCCCCCCUCACCGAGCUGUAGUUCGGCGUUGUCUGGCGAGUGCGCGCUAAGCAUCGGCAGAAGCGGUUUAGAAUUGUUGAACCAGGAGUCUUAACCCCCCCCCCCAUCACCGACCGCAAAUCAAACCAUUUUCACUUUUUAAUAUAGAUUGACUGAUUUAUCGUGUUCGUUUGCAUCUUUUUUUGACAAACUUGAAAAAGCCUGAGGAUUGUCAGGAUAACUAAUCAUGAUUACUCUGCAUUUUUGUUUUUGUUCGUGUUUAAAAACAGAAACGUGAUUGGGUUUUUUUUCUCUUCCCUCCCCCUCGCGUCGCUCCACGCGAAAGCUGUCGUUGAACGUGACAACGACGGCGCCUUAGGGCGGGGUGGGACGGUGAGAGAUGACAUCACAGAGCUGUAUUUAUUAUUAUGGCAAAAAAAAGUUUUAAGAAAUAUUUGUUUUCUCUUUGUUAAGUGCUGGUUAAAUCGCAAAAAAAUUCCAGUUCUCUGAAGCUUUAUGAGAAAUAAUACGUAUGAAAAAGUAUAAAAAAUACAAAAAAGAAGUUAAAACGUAAAAAAAUAUAAUAAAGAAAAUUAAGGGUUACCUUAAUUUAUUUUUUAAAGUCCACACUUGCUCAGUUUGUUCGAUCAAUUUAGAAUUUCUAUUUAAGAAAAAAAUAAGUGCUGUAAAAUAGACCUUUCCCAGUUUUCGCCUUGAAACAAAGAUGACUUCAACCCUAGAGAACGACGCAACAAUAAUGAGCGCAAGGAAGAGGCUGGACUCGAUAGAAUUUUUUCGCUUAUUUUUAUGAUUUCGAUUUUGUUUUUUUAGAUCCUCGAUCCGCUUGGGCUUUUCUUUUUUUCGUGGCUUUUGGCGACAGAGGUUAAUAACUCUGUCUAAAGACGAUGCAACAGAUGAGAGGCGAGCCAUUUGAUUGUGAGAAAGUCGUGCUUUGGCUUCUGUGGAGAAGACCCCCCCCACACACCCACCCCGGAGAGACAGAGAGAGGGUGGUUUUCUUGGUGCGUCGCAGCGGUGCGCUUUCUUUUCUCUCUCCCCUCCCCCGUUCCUUGACCCUCCGACCUUUAUCCGACAUUAAUCAUAAAAAAGAAAACAACAGAUGCAACAGAUGGGGCAGUGGGGGUGGGAAAGAGAAAAAAAUUGUACAUACGAGAUGCUGAAUCGAGAAAUAUUUAAUAAAGGUUAUAACCCUCUUUUCACUUUGGAAGCAACACAAAAAUAAAAAGACGCUCUUGCAAAAGAAUAUUUUCAAGUGUGCGGGGUCUGCUCUUGGCAGCGUUCACUGAGCUAGUAAAAAGUGGAUUAAUGUGCCUAUCAGUUCUUACGAUAUAUGUAAAACGAAUAAAAUGACAUACGAUGAGCAUGUCCCGUU